CUAUCGGCAAAAUCCAACAGUAAGACGCAUGACAUCGUACCGAACGUUCCGUGGAAAUCGUCGCAAAGAUAAAUAUAUUUACACACGGAGCAUACACGUGGUCGUCGCGUAUUGUGCUGAAACGCACUUUCACUCGUAAGAGACAACAACAGUGUGUAACCUGGCGCUAUACCAAGACAAAAAGGUGUCAGCCAAAAGUCUGUAAUUGUCGAAAUAGCUGCAACGAUUCAGAUGAUAUCUCAACAUUGGUAUCUGUGGAAAUUGAUAAUGUAAGAGUCUGAUAACGAUAAGGUAUUUUAUUCUCUUAAAAAUUUCCAGAAAGUAUAACACGAUGCCAUAACAGUUUGUGAAACCAUCUGUGAAAUCAUCACUAGUAAUGUAUAAAUUAAACGAAAAAAAUCGGUUAUCUACGAUUUGAAUUUUAUACAAAGUUAACAAGCGAGAAACAUGGAAAUUCUCGGCGUGAAAUUUGCGCCGUUAAAUGUACCUAUGGAAAGAAGACUCCAAACAUUGGCCGCUGCAAUAUGGAUUUUUGUUAGUGCUUUCGGUAAUUUUUUGGGAUUUUUAAUCACAGCCUAUCUUUUAUUCUAUACAGAAACAAUACGCUACUUUCUGCUACUCUAUUUUCUUUGGAUGUACUAUGAUUGGGACACUUGCAAUCGUGGCGGUAGAAGUGAAUUUUGGACGAGAGCAGCGAGAAAUAACGCGUUUUGGCGUUAUUAUUGCAAUUAUUUUCCGUUGAAAUUAGUGAAAACGGUUGAUUUAGAUCCCAAAAAAUCUUAUCUCUUUGUUUGCGUACCUCAUGGCAUUUUAUCGAUGGGGAUAAUGGGUUCAUUCGGAACGGAUGCAUUGGGCUGUAAAGAACUGUUCCCUGGACUAGAAAUCCGUCCAAUCACUCUCGAUCAACAUUUCAAAGUACCUAUAUUCAGAGAAUAUCCUUAUUCAUUAGGUAGUUGUGCUUCUAGUGCGACAAGUAUCAACUAUUUAUUGUCUACUCCACCGAAUAGUCCUUACACCGGAAGAGCUACAGUUCUCAUUGUCGGUGGUGCUUCCGAAUCAAUGGAAUCUACGCCGGGCACUUACCGUAUCAUAGUGAAAAGAAGAAAAGGUUUCGUAAAACUAGCAUUAAAACAUGGUACGACGUUGGUUCCUGUUUUUUCCUUCGGCGAAACGGAUUUAUACAAUCAAAUAUAUCGUCCAGAAGGAUCGACUUUUAGACGCAUACAGAAUUACAUUCGCAAUCUCAUUGGAUUAGCACCCAUCGUUUUCUCAGGCAGAGGAUUCUUUCAGUAUUCAUUUGGCCUUAUUCCGAAGCGAUUACCUGUUACUGUAGUCGUUGGCAGUCCUAUUGAAUUGCCAAAAAUAGCGGAACCUACGGUUGAGCAGAUCAACGAAUAUCAUGAAAAAUUUAUGAAAGGUUUAAUCGAUCUCUUCGAAACACAAAAAUACAAUUAUUUGAAAAAUGCAGAAAAUAUUACCCUCGAAUUAUAACACGUAUUCAAAUGUAUGAUAUAAUAUAAAAUAUAAAUUUGUUAUUAUUUUGAAACUUCCUCUAAGAUAGUAAUUAUUUUAAAAGCGUAAAAAGAUUUCGGAAGAGAUGUCUAUAUACUAUUAAAAGAUUUUAUAUUGUACAUUAUAUUGUACUAUGUUAAUCAUUUAUUACAAUUUAUUUACAAAGAUUCUCAAUUAGAUUCUCAACUUAGAUUAGAAGUCAGAACUUACAUAAGCACACGUAAAAGAAUAUAUUAAAUGAAAUUUAAUUAUAUGAUAUUGUUGCUGCAAUUUUUAUAUUACAUAUGAAAUAUGUAUUCUAGAGUGUACGUGAUGCAUGCGUGCGCUGGUGCGGGCGUGCGUACAUGCAUGUGUGUGUGUCAGAAAAUCGUUUCAAUCCAUUAUUAAAAUUUAGCUAAAUUUUAGAGUUUUUCUAAUAAAUAAAAGUCAAUAUAUUAUUGUAUGACCUAUGUUCACGUAUGUAAUAAGUUUAUUGUAUAAAUGAUAAUUAAAAUAAUAAUUAUGGGUCUCUUUUUAUGUUUAAUUUGAUAAUUAAAUAAACGCACAAAGAAAUAAUAUAUUUAUUAGAAUAUUGAAUAAUUUCUUAUUAGUGCUUGUCCUUUAUUAUAAGUAUUUUACUGUCAGUGUUUGCCUUAUCUUAUCAAGAUAACUCCGGUAUUUACGUCGCAAAAGUCAGAAGAAAUAGAAGAAGUAUUGAUAAUUUGUUGCAACUACUUUGUUACAUGUCUUUAUAUUACAUUAGUAUUGUGUUAUAAUUUUAGUUUUAAUAUUCUUAAUAUUAAUAAAACCAUUGUGAGAUAAAUCGAUUUGUCAGUAUUAUGGCGGUCGUAGUAAUGUAUAACAAUUUACGUAAAAUAAUUAUUCUCUUUGCACGAAAUGUAAAUGUUUAUUUCAGAAUACAUAAGUAAAAGGUAGUAAAAAAUGAAGUACACAAAAAUAUAA